AUGGAUCCAAAGCAAACAACAAGUGGAUUUGGGAAAAAUCCCAGACCGCCAAAGGUCAAGAACAAGAGUGCCGCCCCUGUACAAAUCACAGCUGAGCAGAUUCUGCGCGAAGCUCACGAUCGUCGACUCGAACCAACGCACAGCAUCCCUCAACAAAAAAUUGCUGAUUUAGAAGAACUUGGUGAAUUCCGUCAACGUAAACGUAAAGAGUUUGAAGAUAACAUUCGUAAAAAUCGGCUCAAUAUCAGUAAUUGGAUCAAAUAUGCUAACUGGGAAGAAAGUCAAAUGGAAUUUCAACGUGCUCGUUCUGUCUUUGAGCGUGCCUUGGAUGUGGAAUGGCGAAAUAACGCUAUUUGGUUACGUUAUAUCGAUAUGGAAUUGAAGAAUCGCAGUAUCAAUCACGCGAGAAACUUACUCGAUCGUGCCACUACCCUCCUGCCUCGUGUUGAUCAGUUUUGGUACAAAUAUACCUAUAUGGAAGAAACAUUGGGAGAAGUGCCCAAGGCAAGAAAUGUGUUUGAACGCUGGAUGAAGUGGGAGCCCUCAGAAAAUGCUUGGAUGGCUUAUAUCAAAAUGGAAUUGCGUUAUAAUGAAAAGCAACGUGCUCGUGCUAUAUAUGAACGUUUUGUCAGUAUUCAUCCUGAACCAGCCAACUGGAUUAGAUGGGCUAAAUUUGAAGAAGAGCACAACAAUUUGAACAAAUGUCGAGAAAUCUAUACAGCAGGCUUAGAGUUUUUGGGUGAUGAUAAAUUGGAUCAAAAGUUAUUAGUAGCAUUUGCAAAGUUCGAGAUUAAAUGCAAAGAGUAUGAAAGAGCUCGUGUCAUCUUCAAAUAUGGCCUUGACCGCUUGCCUAAAAGCAAGUCUCAAUCCUUAUAUAACCAAUACACCAAUUUUGAAAAACAAUACGGCGAUAAAGCAGGCAUAGAGGACGUUGUCAUCGGCAAAAGACGUGUUCAAUACGAACAGGAGCUAGAAGAAAGCCCCAAAAACUAUGAUAUUUGGUUCGAUUAUGCACGAUUAGAAGAAUCAGCAGGUGACCCAGCGCGUGUAAGAGAUCUGUAUGAGCGUGCUAUUGCGCAAUUGCCACCAGCUGAGGAGAAGAGAUAUUGGAGACGUUAUAUUUACUUAUGGAUCUAUUAUGCACUUUUUGAAGAACUCGAAACUGAAGAUAUUGAACGCACACGCCAAAUAUAUGAGGAGUGUUUAAACCUGAUACCACAUAAGAAGUUUACCUUUGCCAAAAUUUGGCUCUUGUAUGCACAAUUCGAAAUUAGGCAGAUGAAUGUGACGAAAGCGAGAAAGAUACUUGGAAGAGCUAUAGGUCUAUGUCCUAAAGAGAAGUUGUUCAAAGGCUAUAUUGAUUUAGAAUUCCAAUUGAGGGAGUUUGACAGAUGCAGAACUAUUUACACAAAAUACUUGGAAUAUGAUCCCACAAACUGUUCUGCAUGGAUACAGUUUGCUGAACUGGAAAAGAAUGUGUUAGAUGAAACAGAAAGAUGCCGUGCUAUCUUCGAGCUCGCUGUUGCGCAAGAUAAUCUCAACAUGCCAGAAUUAUUAUGGAAAGCAUACAUUGAUUUUGAAAUUGGAGAAGAAGAAUACGAAAAAACAAGGGAUCUCUAUUACCGAUUAUUGGAACGUACAGAGCAUGUCAAGGUCUAUAUCAGUUUUGCACAAUUCGAAUUGUCUGUACCUUAUGAAGAUGGUAAUGAAGAAGGCGUCCGACGUGCGCGUACUAUAUUUGAGGAGGCAUAUGAUAAGAUGAAGAAGAAUGAAAUGAAGGAAGAGCGCGUACUGUUACUUGAGGCAUGGAAAGACUUUGAGGAGAAUUAUGGUACAGAAGAUACCAAAGAGGUCGUCAGGAAGAAAAUGCCUAAAGUUGUUAAGAAGAGAAGACGAGCUGCAGAUUCAACCGAUGAUAAUGUUAUUUGGGAAGAGUACUUCGAUUAUAUCUUUCCUGAUGAUGAAGCUCAAAACCGUUCCCUCAAAAUUUUACAAAUUGCUCAAGCAUGGCAGAAACAGAAGGAACAGCAGGCAGAAGAAUCUUAA